UCGGCUCAGACUACCGCGACGCUCGUUUGUGUGUGCACGCAGCCGCUCAUGCCGGAUGAUUUUUCCGCAUGCGAAAUUUGUGGUGGGGAGAGAGAGGACGUAAGAAGAUGACUGUCGAUAAAAAGCGAAGUGUUUUUCGCGCCGAAAAUUAACAAAAUCCAUUUCGCGACGAGUGUGUGCAUAUUUCAAAGCGCUUCUCCUAAUUCAGUCAGAUUCGAUAUCGAUGAAAAUCCGCCGGACAUUCGAGAACGCAACCUAUUUCGGUACGGCCCUAUAUGCGCGUCUAAUAACUUUUUCUCGAUCGAGACGGCUGACCCAAUUCGUGUUGUAAUCUAUAUUUGCCUCAAAUAAAGACAUUCUCUUUAACGAAACUCCGCUCUCUUCUUCUGUACCGAGAUUUCGUUCCCAGUAAUUAUUGUCGCGAAAGUUGGUAUUUAACGCUUAUUCUCGAACACAAGCUGGGAGAAGUGUCUCUGUGAUAUCGAUUCCAAAUUGGCCGUUGAAAUUAAGGUUUGCAAACCAACCGUGUGUUACGCGCAGGGGUCGUCGGAGGAAUUUGUGACAUGUCAGUCGACCAUACGAUGCUCUAACCUUUCACCGAGAGCGUACAUAUACCCGAAUUUUGAUGAAUCCAGAAUAAUUAUUCCACUUGGAAUAACGCAAAUAAAACUGAUCGAAUAAUAUCCCAUCUUCAAAGACAGUUCGGAAGCGUGAGAAAUUGUUCAAAUGGAAAUUUCCGCUAUUGAAAAUUCACGACUUCAAUUGAGAGUCUAUGGGGUUCACCGGCGAAAUCGAAAAGAGAAAGUCUAGAAAGAAAGAGUCUCUUCUUCUCAUCGAAGAAUUCGUAAACAAGAGAAACACACCUUGUAUACCGAGCGCGCGGUUUUAGUUUGCGCGAUGGCCACGGCGAUGCGCUGUGUUCGCGACGUCGCGUCGCCGCUUACACGUCCGCCCAAAAGGCAGAGCGCCUGGGCCGAUCGCCAUCAUGAAAACAUUCGCCCGUCGUUAUCGUUGUUUCUCCUCCGUCCUUGCGGGCUCUUUCGACCGAAGGACGUAAUAUCGAACGUACGGGCUGGAAGCCGAGAGAGCGCACGCAGCUUUCGCGAACACGGUGGGUCGCCGCUGGAACGGCGACGACGACGUUGCCGGAGGUCGCGCCGCGUUCGUUCGCGCCGCGAGAGGAUUGUUAAACGAACACGUCGGGAGAAAGAGGAGACGGUUUCGGGGUUUGUGUGUUCGUCGCGAUAAGGAUACGAGACGGCUGCCACACUUAAAUGCCUCGCACAAAUUCCUACUCCAUGUUGUGCAUCGGUUGCGACACGGCUGCGUGUUGGAAAGUGAGUACAUGGUGACACGCGGUUGUAGAGGAGCAACUGGGAAGAGAGCCGUGGCAAAAGACACCUAGUUAUCCUGCACCAAGCUGACUGCGAUUUCCCACUGUUUCUCAAGACAGUGACAGCAAGGAGGAUAUUAAGGGGAGUCUACUUGUUUUGCGAAGAACGAGAGACAAACAAGAACUAUGGAACGAGAGUCCAAUCCUAUGCAAGCCCUAUGCCGCAGCGGCUGCGGAUUCUACGGCUCGCCGGCUACCGAUGGCCUUUGUUCUCUUUGCUACAAGGAAAAUUUGAAGAAGAAACAGCAACCACCGGUAUCAGCGGCUACUGUACCAACCUCACAGACUGUCUCCAGCAACGCUGGCACGUUGCAGGGUAGUUUUGGUAGUCCAGCAGCUACUGGAACAACAGCCCAACCUACCAUUCCUACCAUACCUCAGCCAACAACAGAUCUGCCCAGUCCCAAAGAAAAGGUAAGCAGGGAAGAUCAGGAAAGUGAAGUAGGUGUAAGCAGUGCAGCAGCUGAAGGAUCAGUGAGUAAUUGCGAGGCGGAUGACUCCUUCGAUGGCAAAGAGACUGAUAAAGAAUCUAAGAAGAAGAAAAAUCGUUGUGCCGUAUGUCGCAAAAAAGUCGGUUUGACCGGAUUCGAGUGUCGUUGUGGCGGACUAUUCUGCGCUGUGCAUCGAUACAGUGACAAGCACGACUGCAAAUUUGAUUACAAAGAAAUGGGCGCUCAAGAGAUUCGGCGCAACAAUCCAGUUGUUGUUGGUGAAAAAGUGCAAAAAAUUUGAACUAUUUAGUGUGUAGUCGUUGGGAAAAUGGUUAUAUAACUAUAUAAACAAACAGAAUAUAAAACACGGAGAAAAACGAGAUAAAUUAUCUGGCAGCUGAUUCGCACGUCAAGGGGUGAAACGAGCGAACGAGAGAGAGAGAGAGAGAAAGAGAGAACGAGAGUGAGUGAGAAAGAGCGAGUGUUAAAUGAAUGUAGAAUGAGAAUGAACGCGCGAGAUCGAAAACAAAAUUGUUUUGUAGCUGAGAAAAGUUAGAAAAAAGAAGAUGAAGCAAAUAUCAGACAGAACAAAAUAAACGAAAAGUCGCAAAUUUCGAAUGCGUGUGCUUGAGUGAAUGGUUCUUAAUUGGAUGCCAGUGCCAUGUAAGUUUCAGAUUGUCAUCUAGUAAGAGUUUUAAUUGAGAAUAUACCUGGUUACUAACUGCUGCCAGCUUACUACUAUUAUUACCUAUUAUUAUAUCUUCUGAUUAUUACGGUUUACAAUUAUUCUAUAUUAUGUUUAUUAAUUUACUUAAAAAGCGAAAUUCGCAUAUAAGGCUCGUUUUGCGUAAAGGCAGAAUUCUUGGUGCGGUCAGUCAGUCCAGGACAUCUCAUUAGGAGUUUUGGUUUGUUCGAGAAAUUUUAUACAUUUGCUGUUUUGUUUAUAUAUCAGAGAGAGAGAGAGAGAGAGAGAGAGAGAGAGAGAAAGAGAGAGAAAAAUAUGAAAAAUGAGGAGUGUUACUUAGGUAAAAUGGCUGACGUUGAUGGGUGAUCACAAUCCUAGGUUUAUAAUUAGUCUAAUAAUUAUUAAGUACAUAUUAGUCUAUUGAUUCAUAAAUAAUGCAAUGAAGUAUAAGUAGUACUGUGUGUUUAUGUCCAACUUCACGUGAAUAUAACCACCAAUUAUUACUCAUUAAAUAUGUUUCAACCUA